AUGUCUUCCAGCAACAAGAUCUCGCUGAAGCUGCUGGUGGACACCAAGUCCAAGAAGGUGCUGUUCGCGGAGGCCGGCAAGGAGUUCGUCGACUUCGUCUUCAGCCUGCUGACCCUCCCCAUCGGCGCCGUGGUGAAGCUCAUCUCCGCCGGCACCAUGCAGGGGAGCAUAGGCCGGCUGUACCAGAGCGUCGACAACAUCGGCUCCUCCUACCUGCAGCCCAACAAGGACAAGUCCGAGCUGCUCCAGCCCAAGGUGCUGCACCCGGACGCCCGGGAGCUGCUGCUUCUGCAGGGCGGCGGCGGCGGCGAGGGCUCCUCCCCGUCCUCCUCCCCACUCGCCAGGUUCAAGAUGUACACCUGCUCGGGCUACUGCGCCACCGCCACCAUGGAGGCCAAGGCGGCGUGCCCGCAGUGCAAGCAGGCCAUGGCCACCGAGGUCACCUUCGUGCUGCCGUCCGCCGCGCCCAAGACCUCCUCCUCCACGGCGGCUGCCGCCGGCGACGAGACCGGAGGGUACGUCAAGGGGCUCGUCACCUACAUGGUGACCGACGGGCUGGAGGUGACCCCCAUGUCAGCCAUCUCCAGCAUCACCCUCAUCAACAAGUUCAGCGUCAACAAGGACGUGGAGCUCGCCGAGAAGUUCGUCAGCGUCGGCAUGGACGAGGGGCUCGGCCUCCUCAAGGCGGCGCUGCGCUCCGACACCGUGCUCUCCGACGUCUUCCUCGCCAAGAAGAAGUGA